CAACAACAACAAAAGUGAACAAGUGCUAAACAAUCAAUGAAAAGGCAAAGGCAAAGGCAAAUGCAAAUACGAAGAAGAAUGUACAACUGCAAAAUGCACAGUGCAAAAAAUGUACCUAUGUAAAUCACUUUAAGAUGAAAAUCAAUUACAACGGAAAAGCUCUAACUGCAUAACUGUAAUACAUACGACGCAACCUGGGAGAGACCGAAACCAAGAGAGAGAGAGAAGAGAGCCCUCAAAAUAGCGCUGAUCGUGCCAAGAGCAACGGUACAAGGCCAUCCAAAAAAUCUUGUAAAUCUGUUAGCACCCAUAGGCGUCGCGCUGAACGGCCCCGGCCUAAGGGGCCAUGACGCGUUGGCCCUUCAAUUUACUACUAUUGCUCUCGGUGGCAGUACGCGACUGUAGCAAUCGUACCAUCCUCACAGUUGGCUAUCUAACGGCACUCACUGGCGAGCUCAAGGACCGCCAGGGAUUAUCCAUAUCCGGUGCGCUGACAAUGGCACUGGAGGAGAUCAACAGAGAUCCACACUUGCUGCCAAAUGUUACGUUGGCGAUGCGCUUUAAUGAUACCAAGGGUGAUACGGUGCUGGCUACCAAGGCCAUCACCGAGAUGAUAUGCGACGGCAUUGCGACCAUAUUUGGUCCGGAGGGACCCUGCUAUGUGGAAGCCAUUGUCUCGCAGAGUCGCAACAUUCCAAUGAUAUCCUAUAAAUGCGCAGAGAACCGUGCAUCGUCCAUACCAACAUUUGCACGCACCGAGCCGCCCGAUACACAGGUCGUCAAGUCGGUGAUUGCCCUGCUGCGCUACUAUGCGUGGAAUAAGUUCUCGAUACUCUAUGAGGAGGUCUGGGGCACCGUUGCCGAUCUGUUGAAGGACCAGGCGACAAAGCGAAACAUGACCAUCAAUCAUAAGCAACUGUUUAUCGAUGAUCGCGCCAAGUGCUGUGAACAGAUGAUGACCUGUUGCCGUUCUGGCUACUGGUAUCAGGUAGUGCAAAAUACGAUGAAUCGCACGCGGAUCUAUGUGUUCCUUGGCUCGGCGAAUAGUUUGAUUGAUUUCAUGAGUUCCAUGGACACGGCUGGGCUAUUUGCGCGCGGAGAGUAUAUGGUCAUCUUUGUGGACAUGAUGGUCUACUCGGAACGUGAGGCACAAAAGUAUUUGCGCAAAGUGGAUAUAAUCAAUCGGAUGACCAACUGCAAAAGCACCGAGAACUUCAAUCAACUGGCACGCAGUCUACUCGUGGUGGCAUCAACACCACCCACCAUGGGCUAUGAGAAGUUUACGGAACAGGUGCGCAAUUACAGCUCGAUGCCGCCGUUUAAUUUUACCGUGCCACCAAUAUUCCUGGAGAGCAAAUUUAGCAAGUUCAUAUCGAUCUAUGCGGCUUAUCUGUAUGAUUCCGUUAAGCUCUAUGCCUGGGCUCUGGACAAAAUGCUGCGCAUGGAGGAGCGUGUGCUCACCGAUGACGUCAUCUCUGAGGUGGCCAGCAAUGGAACGCGUGUCAUCGAUACCAUCAUCAAAAAUCGUACUUAUAUGAGUGUCACUGGGUCCACAAUUAAAAUCGAUCAGUAUGGCGAUUCGGAGGGUAAUUUCUCGGUGCUCGCAUACAAGCCUCAUAAGUGGAACAUAUCCGAGAAUAUACGCUGCAAUUAUCAUAUGGUGCCGGUGGCGUAUUUCCAUCAAGGCGAAGAACUUCCAGAAUAUAAAUUGAUAAACGGUUCGAUCGAUUGGCCAUCGGGCGGUGAGAAGCCCUUCGAUGAGCCCAUGUGCGGUUUUGCCAAUGAGCUGUGCAAAAAGGACGAUACGCAUUAUACAUCCACUGUGGCGGCGGUGGUGCUGGGCGUCUUACUCUUCUGCUCCGGUGUGGUCACCAUGAGCAUCUAUCGCAAAUGGAAGAUCGAACUGGAAAUUGAGGGUCUGCUCUGGAAGAUCAACAUAUGCGAAAUCAAAGACUAUUCGGGCAACGAAAUUGUUGCAUCGCCAAGUAAAGUCAGUUUGAUGAGCGCCCAGAGCUAUGGGUCCCGUUGGUCGCAUCAGUUUGUCACCUCGACUGCGCGUCUGCGUGGCGCCGUUGUGCGUAUCAAGGAGCUGAAGUUUCCCCGCAAGCGCGACAUCUCGCGCGAGAUUAUGAAGGAGAUGCGUCUGUUGCGUGAACUGCGCCACGAUAACAUCAAUAGCUUCAUUGGCGCCUGUGUGGAGCCCACACGCUUACUGCUAGUCACCGAUUACUGCGCCAAGGGCAGCCUAUACGAUAUCAUUGAGAAUGAGGAUAUUAAAUUGGACGAUCUGUUUAUCGCUUCCCUCAUCAAUGAUCUCAUCAAGGGCAUGGUGUAUAUACACAGCUCGCAGCUGGUGUAUCAUGGCAAUCUCAAAUCCUCGAAUUGUGUGGUCACCUCCCGCUGGAUGCUGCAAGUCACCGACUUUGGACUGCAUGAGCUGCGACAGUGUGCCGAAAACGAGUCCAUCGGCGAGCAUCAGCAUUACAGAAAUCAAUUCUGGCGUGCACCGGAGCUGUUGCGGAAUCACCAUUUGCUUGGCAGCCAGAAGGGUGAUAUUUAUGCGUUUGCCAUCAUAAUGUACGAGAUAUUUAGUCGUAAGGGUCCGUUUGGACAAACCAACUAUGAACCAAAGCAAAUUGUGGACUUAGUUAAGCAGUUGCCACUCAAGGGCAAAGAGCCCUUUCGACCCGAGGUCGAGUCUAUUAUAGAGGCCGAAUCCUGUCCGGAUUAUGUGCUCGCCUGCAUCAAGGACUGCUGGGCCGAGAAUCCCGACGAUCGACCCGAGUUCAGUGCCAUACGCAAUCGCCUGAAGAAGAUGCGAGGCGGGAAAACCAAAAACAUCAUGGAUCAAAUGAUGGAAAUGAUGGAAAAGUAUGCCAACAACUUGGAGGACAUUGUCACAGAGCGCACUCGGCUGCUGUGCGAGGAGAAAAUGAAAACGGAGGAUCUGCUACAUCGCAUGCUGCCCCAAUCUGUGGCAGAGAAACUAACCAUGGGCCAGGGUGUCGAGCCAGUCUCCUAUGAUUUGGUCACGAUCUACUUUAGCGACAUUGUGGGCUUUACGGCACUGUCCGCGGAGAGCACACCGUUGCAAGUGGUAAACUUUUUGAAUGAUCUCUACACGGUGUUUGAUCGCAUCAUACGUGGCUAUGAUGUCUACAAAGUGGAGACCAUAGGCGAUGCCUACAUGGUGGUCUCUGGUUUGCCCAUAAAGAACGGCGAUCGGCAUGCAGGUGAAAUUGCGUCCAUGGCCCUGGAUUUGCUGCAUGCAGUCAAACAGCAUCGGAUUGCGCAUCGACCCAAUGAGACGUUGAAGUUGCGCAUUGGGAUGCAUACGGGUCCGGUUGUUGCCGGCGUCGUUGGUCUCACAAUGCCCCGUUAUUGCCUCUUUGGCGAUACGGUGAACACCGCAUCGCGCAUGGAGAGCAACGGCGAGGCGCUCAAAAUACACAUAUCCAACAAGUGCAAAUUGGCGCUGGAUAAACUGGGCGGUGGCUACAUCACCGAGAAGCGCGGCCUCGUCAGCAUGAAGGGCAAGGGCGAGGUGGUCACCUGGUGGCUAACCGGUGCCAAUGAGAAGGCCAUACAAAAGAAGAAUGUGGAUAUGAUGGAUAAUAUGCCGCCGCUCUUCAGUCGCCCGCGCAAGAGUCCCAAACUAAAUCCGGACUCCAGGCAGCCCAGUUUGCUGGCCAUGCACAAUUGUGGCGCUGGCUCGCGUCGCCAGAGCAGCGUGCCACGUCCCCCGGACGGGGAGUCCACAUACAGUCUGCAGGGCUCCUUCUAUCAGGUGGCACGCGAAUCGCCGCGUCUAACAGCGAAGCGGGAACGGGAGCGUGAACGGGAACGAGAACGGGAGCGAGAACGCGAGCGGGAAAGGGAACGGGAACGGGAGCGACCCUCGCUAAAUGGGCUGGGUGGCAAUUUUGUAGGCAAUGCGUUGUUGGAGUCGGCGCACGCCUCGCUCAGCACGCUGAAUCAUUCCGAUACAAAUGAAACGAACUGUGAUACUAAUGAAGCCCUCGUCGGCGUCGCCGUUGCCACCAACGAUGGCGGCGAACUGGAGCUAAAUGGCGGCAUCAAUGGCACCACCACCACCACCGCUGCCGCCGCCGCUGCUGCCUCCGGUCUGGUGCGCCAGCCAAACUCGAUACACAAGCCGCUGGCAAUGGUGCGUCCGCAGCACAUCAUCAAUGCCGCCCAGCAUGUGGCCGAUCUGUUGCUGUCACGUUCGAUGGAUCCGAUGCCGAUGCAGCAGCUGCGCAAGCGACACGAACGUGCCAAACUGCCGCCAUCGAAGCUGUCGAAGAACAACUCACGCUCCCUGGACACGGGCGUCUCGCUGAUCAGUGGCAAUCCCAAUGGCGAUGCGACUGCAGCUGCACCGAACCAGAAUGAGGGCGUUGGCGAUGAGCUAGCGACCGAUCCGAUGGCGGAUGCCACAGAUGGCUAUGACGAUGAGCUGGGGCUGCUCAUGCGUCACGACAACGGGCAACUGCCCACGUUGCGCUAUUCGAGCAGCUUCACCAACAACAUCCAGCCGAUAAUUGUGCCAGCCGGCGCCAGCGGUCGCCGACGUACCAGCAAUGUGUCCACGGGCAGCAGCACCUAUGCCAAGCAUUUGAACAACAAUUGCAACGGUGGCAUGAGCAUUGAGGAGGAUAUGCAAUCGCCGCUGCUGCAGCGCCAGGCAUCGCUGACAACGCCGCCAGAGGAGCUGAUGGCACACUCGAAGCCUUGGCACUCGCUUGAGCACAUGGAGCCGCCGUCUGGCGUCACUGGCCAUGGGAACAGUGUCAGCUAUGCCGCCGACAUUGACGAGCAUCGGAAUCGUUCGGGUGGAGGUGAUGGUGGCGCCUUGGAUAUGCACUCAGCUGGCAAUCAGCGUGGCACACGCAGCGGCGGCAAACUCAGCAACUGGAUGGCCAAUUUCUUCAAAGGCAACGGCAUGCGCAGCGUCGGCUCCAGCGGCGAUUCCUCGCUGCGACGUGUCAGCAUCCUGCCCAGCAAUGUCCAAGGCGUCCGCAGUGGAUUCACCGAUAUGACCAGCGCAUCCACGGCGCGGGAUCGUGAGAGUAUUGUAUAGUGUGAAUGAUGAGCGUUUGAAGUUGGCAGGAGAGGGGAGGAAAGUUACUCAGGAACAGUGCGAGCAGGAAACGAAUGUCUAUGGAUUAUUAUAGAGAAUCACAUGCAUACACACAUCAUAUAUAUAUAUAUGUAUAUGUAUAUAU